GGCGCAUGCAGCCCUACACAGCUCUUGUCAGAACCACACUGCUGACUGACUGCGAUUUUCGAUAUUUUGAGCAAUUUUGAACGUGUGAAAUAGCGUUUGCUCGCAUCAUGCGCGCCUGCAGUGGCAAUCGACUAGAUGUCCCUCGAGCCCGGGGCUGUGCGUGUCGCACGACCUAAAAAGCUCCUGUGUUUGACAACCUUACCGGCUUCCCUCAAGCCCAAACACCACAUUCGGUGGUUACAUCGAGAGUCAAUGUCCCUUGCACGGAAGUCAUUGCCAUGACCGCGACACGCCCGCUACACCUCCAGCCCCUCGUUGUUUUCAUCGGCCCCUCCGACGGAGAUAUGGUUAGAAGAGUGGGAUUAUCAGAUAUCGAGCGAAUGAUACUAGCUGUAGCAGUCCUAGUUGGAAGUGAGAAACAUAUUUUCUGAUGGGAGAAGUAGAAACAACAUGGGCAGUGUUGGCAAGAAGGGAGGGAAAGAGAUGGACAUUCAAACUAGGGCGCAGGAAGCGUCCUGCGACCGUUUAUUGGAUCUAUCGCUUUUGGCUCAGGAACACUAACCAACGCGUAUGCCACACGCUGAACCUGAACCAGACAAAAUGGAGGUACGUCAGGGGAGAGUGACAACGCUGAGAUACAUUCCACCUGCGGAGGAUGAGGAGACUUGGAGAACGGACACCUUCCACUUCCUUCAACAUCAACUGGUACCGACCCUAUCAUCAGGGCCUGAUUGAUGCCAUGACCGAUUUUACUGGGUCGGGAGAAGUAUUCAAUUUGCAAUGGCCCUCUGAGGGCGUUUUCCAGGGUCAUUCACAAUUGUCAGGUAUUGCCGCGACCUAUAACGGGGGCAGUCACCUUCAUCCAUCCCGAACCGAUUGUCUCGCGCAGGAGACAGAAUUCAACUCCACGAGCGUCGAACCCACGUCCUUCAGUAACUCAAGAGAACUUGUCAUUUUGGAAGAGAAGGAUUGGGAUCCACAACAGGUCUGUGAUGGAUACCAAUUCCACUGCACAAAGGUGGUAGCGUGCACGUCAACCGGCGUUACGUGUAAAGGAAUUGAAGCCAGAUACUAUACGAGGAGGAAUACAAAAUACACGGCCUAUCGCCCUAUGUGGUGUUUAUGAAAGAUAGGGUCGAGGGGUUGAGAGAGAAACAAAAUACUCAAAUCGAGGACUCGCCCGACAAUUGGCAAUGAUACUAGAGAGGCAUGUCUCUACAGCAUAGAAGAUACUAAUAUGCACAGCAGCGACAAGAGCAACCUAACUUGAUCUGCUCCAUACCAUGCUACCUCCCCUCGACUCUCACCACGGCAUCGGUCAACAUAACAGAUGAUACCGCUGGCCGUGAUAGCCCUUCCUUUCCCUCGACCCAUUGCACGCAGGCCCUAUCAAACGAAACUCCAGGCUCAUUCGGUCGACGGUCUCAUCCAUUCGAUACGAUGUCAACUCCCAGCUAGAGCCACGUCGUUCGUAUUCCGCACCGCGCACGCCCAUGACCUGCCCCGAGCCCAACCGCCAAUAGUGAUGUGAAACCUCUGGGUAAGAAUUGGCCACAGGGGUUCUACAGGCCCCAUCAAGAACUCCGAGCCAAAAGAGUUAAAGCCCUGGACUAGAAGCGUCAUAAUGUCAACAUUCGGGACAAAUGAACGGCGCUUGAAUGUCUUAGCGCAGCCCUUAUCGGCCUGAAUUCUCUUCAAUUUAGUCAAACGCCCCUUUAAACCAGUAUUGCAGUGAUUUUACUUAUGUCCUCGUCUGCUUCAUCUACAGUGAAUAUCUUCAAAUGGAGAGGUGGUCGGGACUUCGAAUCUGCGGAAUGGUAGAUCCAUGAAUUCGAUACUUGUUCAAAUC